AUGAGUGUUGUUCAGCAAUCAGAGACACCCUUAUCCUACUCCGAUCUUGCUACUCGUGCUAGCAAUUUCUCCUUCAAUGCGAACCUACCAUUGAAAAACUGGCUAAGAACAUCACAGGCCAUCUUAAAACAAGCUCAUGUAUAUGUACUAGAAAAGGACUAUUCCAAUGGAGCAUUUCUUUUGAUACGUUAUAGUGAGUUAUUUUUAAAAUGCCAGCAGCAUCCAGAAUCCCAAGGAUACCGAAAACAGUUGUUUGAAUACUUUCAGAUUGUUAAGAACGAGGUAUUACAAGAGAUUCAGCUUUUAAAGCCUUUGGUAGAAAAGCAAUAUGAAGAAUAUCAAAUGAGGCAAGCUUCAGUUCCACCGAAACAGGUAAAAUCGUUACCUCAACCAAAGCGGCAAGUAUCUCCUGUUUCUGAGCCGCAAUUAGAACAAUGGGCACUUUCUGAACUACAGAUUCUUCCACGAGAUGCAUCCAAUGAAUUACUAUCCAGUGUUUCAUCAUCUUCCUCUAGACCAAUCUUUGAUUAUUCUUCUCUUCAAUCAUCUUUGGAUUCUUCUUAUUCCACUCCAGUGCCCGAAUCUCAGUCUUUGGUUAAUUCCUCCAAACCAUCAAAUCAUGCUUCUCUUCCUCAAUCCCUAAGUCCCGAAGUGUCUUUGGAUAAUCAAACGGGUCACAUUAUUCCAUAUUCAGAACCCAAAAAGCCUCAAGGAUCUUUCAAAAUUCGUGCUUAUACAGAAGGAGGGAAGCCAUUGCGAACAGUUUAUCUUCCAAAGUCUCUGAAAUCAAAGUUCCUUCGAGUUGCCGAACUAAAUACCAAGAAAAGAUUGGAAACGUGUGGCAUUCUUUGUGGAAAGUUGAGGCAAAAUGCGUUUUUUAUCACGCAGCUUGUCAUUCCUGCUCAGGAAGCUACAACAGAUACAUGUGGUACGACAGAUGAAACAGCGUUAUUUGAUUACCAGGAUAAACAUGACCUUUUGACGUUAGGUUGGAUCCAUACACAUCCUACGCAGACAUGCUUCAUGAGUAGCGUUGAUUUACAUACCCAUUGCUCUUACCAGUUGAUGCUCCCUGAAGCAAUCGCCAUUGUUAUGUCUCCUUCAAAAACACCAGAAUCCGGUAUGUUCCGUUUGCUUGAUCCAAAAGGACUUGAAAAAAUCAUACACUGUCGAACACCUGGCUUAUUUCACAUGCACGAAGGACAAGUUUAUACAAAAAUAAGCCAAAAUGGACAUAUCAGAGAGAUUGAUGCCAGUGUAGAAAUGGUGGACCUUCGUUAA